AUGGAGUUAUGCAAGUUAUGCACUUGGGACGCCCAUUCGGCUCACGCCUGCUCGCGUUGCAAAGGGCUCCAGAUUGAAUGCAAGGUUGAACCUUCUUUCACGCGUAUCUCGAAAAGAAGACGAAAUGCUGAAAUGGAGCGCGAAAUUGCUGGCCUCCGCCGACGGCUGGCCACUACUACCAACCAUAAUGGCCACGUUGUCGAGGCUAACGUCAGUGGUGUGGUGUCCCAGCCUUUAGGGAGCGCGAUCUGGGACUCAUCAGCUGCAACGCUGAAUCAAGGGAAAACCUUGCCUGCCAGUCUCGAGACACAGGAUGAUAUGUGGAGACUGGAAGACGUUGCCCUGUCAAAGCCAAGAGUGGCACGACUAUUUGAGCAGUUUUUCAAAUAUUACCAUCCAUUUCUUCCACUUUUAGACCCUCAAAAACCACCAGAGCAUUAUCUCUGCCGAUGUCCUUUGCAAGCAUGGACGAUCAUUUGCGUCGCUAGCCGACGGGCUCCAGCAGAGCCAGGCCUCCUCGGUGCACUCACCGGUCCGUUCACCAGACUCUUAUGGUCGACUAUCACCGGCGUGCCACAGGAUUACGCCAUUGUAAAGGCCCUCUGCCUUCUGUGCACCUGGCCCCUUCCUACCACUAGUCAGAGAAAGGAUGCUACCUUUAUGCUCUGCGGGUUGAUGGUGCAGAUUUCUAUGCAGUUGGGGUUACAUCGUCCCGUCCAGGCAGAAGAGUUUACAACAUUUCGAAUAGGUCACAGUGAAGCUGUGAAGGAUCGGCUGCAGACAUGGGUCGUCUGUAAUAUUACGAAUCACAAGUUCAUGGAGGUCAACAGUAUUGCCACCGGAUAUGGACAACCUCCCGGGACGAUAUAUGACUGGGCGCUUGAGCCAGCAUCACUCCAGGAUGCCGGUUAUUAUCCUCCAGAGGACCUGCGAACUCGUCUCUCUAUUGAAAAAUUCUGCGAUCGAAUCACCAAGUCGCUCUAUAACAGCCGACCGGACGCGGCAGAGUUUAUUGGACCGGAGAGACUCCUCAUAGUACAGCUUUUGGAGAACGAGCUGAGGGAUAUGGAACUAAGCUUUGGCAGAAAUAUCUCUCAUAUUAAUAUGAUUCACCUCCGAGCCGCAGAGCUCCAUUUACGAUACUUUAUAUUCUUAGGCGCAAACCCAAGAACUAAUGACAUUACGAAGCUUUUUAUUGCAACCACCUCAUUCCUCAGCCAAGUAUUGGACCUCGAAACAUCUCCAGGCCAACUGAUCAGCUACACAACAAAUUACAUCCUGCAGAUGAUUAUCUCAGCAGCAUUCGGUCUAAUGAAACUACUCAAAAGUUCUUUCCGGCAUCACAUCGACUUCGAAUACGGGAAGAUAUUAUUCAACGGAGCAAUAUCCGCCCUAAGAAGAAUCAGCGUCAUGGACCACGAUCGACCUGUUCGACUCGCAGAUGUGCUAGCACAGAUGUGGAAUGCAGGCGAUGCCGAGCAAUCCACCGAAGAAGAUAACUUACAGCUUAAAGUCCGCUGUCGGAUGAGUAUGAGCCAUGUCUACGACACUGUUUGGCGCUGGCGACACCGAUUCCGACCCAGAAAGGACCCUUCGGAUACUCAAACUACUACUGUCAAUCCGACUGAAUCCACGACGGCUAUGAUCCCCCAACAAUUCGACGGAUCACUAGAGACUUCUGCGAUGAUCUGUCCGCCAAAUCUGGGCCAGGGCAGUGCUUUUUUCAACGAGGCCGGGUUCGCAGAAAUCUUUGAUUCCCUCAACUGGGUGUUUGAUGAGUUCCCUGGUCCUUUCGUUGCUCCUCAGAUAAUGUAA